AUGGGUAACAAACACUGCCAUGACUCCUGUAACACAUCCACCCUCCAGGCUCCACUGGGCUCUGCGGUGCUCUUGUCAUGCAGCUUUGGGUCUACCUCUCUGGGCAUCAGCCCUGGCCAUGGAUGGGUGGUGUGGAACCAGAUCUCUGGUUCUGGUGCCAGCCUGGUCAACAUCACAUCCUCUGGGAAGGUGGACUUUCUGGACCCUAGGCAGGGCAGAGUGAAGGUUUUCCUCAAUCAGGGAGGUCUGGGGAACUUCUCCAUCAGCAUCGAUGCCCUUCAGGCCUCAGAUCUGGGUUCCUACUGCUGUGAGCUACAGAGUCAUGACCAGUGCCAUCGAGUGGAAGUUGAGGAACUUGAUCAAGACAGUACAGAUCUGCAAGUGUUGUUUUUCAGCGUCGGUGGUGUGGCCGUCCUCAUAGUGCUCCUGAGUGGCUGUUUCUGCUGGGUGAAAUGGACACGAUCCAGUACACCUCCUGAGGACGUUGCAUGUAGUGACGAUGUUGGGAGAGACGUGGCACAGAAGAGAGGUAAAAAACGGGCCGGCAAUGAGCGACCUAUCUAUGAAAACAAUGAGCACGAUCCAACCAGAAUGCAGCAUGAGCCGACCAGAAUUCAGCAAAAUCCAACCAGAAUUCAGCAGGAUCCAACCACAAUUCAGUAUGAUCCAACCGGAAUUCAGCAUGAACCACCAAUAAACCAGCACGAACCACCAAGAAACCAGCACGAACCAGCUAGAUACCAAAAUAAACCAGUGAGAGAUUUGAGUGAGAAAAGAAGAGGGUUUCAUAGAGAACUCAUGAGCAGAUUGCGCCAAUCAAGUCUCGGACGGCAUUACUAUGCAAACCAAGCAGAGAUCAAUGAGCAAGCCAGAGCUCAGAUCGACAUCCAUCAAAGAGCAAACGAGGCAGAGACCAACCAGGAGGGAAGAUUCCAAAUGGACAACCGCCAAAGAGGUAUCCUACGCACUAUGCUUUACAGUAAUCUCUGAUACAAAUCAAUAUGCACUCUAGCAUUUUGUUAUCAAUGCCUUGUCUCCUUCUCAU